GUUCCUAGGAUAGGACGUGGAUCCACCAUGACCCAGACCAGGAUAAAACGGUUACUGAAAAUGAGUGAAUGGACUUCAAGAGAGAGGACAAAGAGAAGCUGAUUUUGAGAAAGUGAAUCAAAAUGACGACUGUAAAGACUACCAUUGAACGUAUAGUGUUUCCUGAAGCAGAACCUGGAGUUUCAGAUUCAUACAGUUCAGGGACAGACACUGUAGAUUAUUCUGAAAAGGAGCCUGUUUAUCCUGGCCCUCUUAUGAGUAAUGAGAUGCCGAAGGAGGACCUGAUAUUGUUUAUACAGGCCCAAGCACUGGAGUGUUUCGAAAAUAUUGAUAAAAACGACCAAGUGGAGGCCUAUUUCUUCUGGCGGAUAAUGGAAUUGUUCUGCCAUGAAAAUGGAAAAGUGAUGUUGUGUGAAGUUGGUGCAAUCAUCUUCCAGGUCUACACCUGGCUUAGGAAGAAACUACCAAAAGGCAACAAUGGUAACAGAUGGAAGGAAUGGUGUCUUCCUCUGGCAGACCUUUUGUCAUCCUCUGCACCAGAUGAUGAGCACAGAGAGGCUGUUAUUAAGAUGGGAGAUGAUCUUGCCUCCAGAAGCUGGACCUACGCAGCACAUCUCUGCUACGUUGUGGCAAAAGUGGAGCUGGGGUCACGUAGUCAGUUUCAACUGAUCGGAUGUGACAGCAUCAUGCCAUUUGGCCUGAAAAUCUUGUUUAAAGCCUUUGUGAGAACCGAGACAUAUGAAUAUGUGCUUUCGCUGACAUCAGGGCUGGCCCAGCCAAGCUUCCAGAUCUGGAAGUUGUGUCAGGCCAGCAGGCUGGCCAUUGUUGAUUUUACUGAUCUCGCCUUUAAAUACUGUGAGAACAUUGCUAAGGCAGCCUUCACUUUCCCUGACAGAAUCAAAAGGAGCUUUGUUGAACGGCUUAUUUUGCUGUCUUGCAAACUGCUAGACAAGAAGGCAGAAGAACCUGAGUGGCUGCUAAAGCUCCGGCAGCUGCAUAGAAUUAAAUUAGCAAAUGCUAAUGUUGACCUGGAGCAGCACAUGGCAUCUAACAGCCAUGAAUUGGUUUCUGAGAAUCAGGACUCAAAAUGUUCCCUGAGGACAGACGAGAUCCCCGCUCUCCAGUCCCCUGAUCUGGAGCAGCACACCUACCCAAAUGCUGUGUUUCAAUCGCGCUACACCUUGGGAAAGCUGCUGGGGAUCGGAAUCUUCAGCUAUGUCUAUGCAGGAGUCCGGACUGAAGAUGGGAAAGAGGUUGCCAUUAAAUUUAUUCAGAAGGACGAGACCAAAACCAUAACCAUUCCUGGAGAGACACAGGAGCUGCCUGUAGAGGUGGCGCUAAUGAAGAUGAUGUCCAGACCACCUCGCUGUAGCAAUGUGGUGGAGCUGCUGGAGUGGUUUGACAUAGCCGAGCAGUACGUCAUGGUCCUGGAACGGCCCAGCCCCUGUAUGAACCUCUAUAAAUUCAUUGAACUUCAGGAAGGCCGCCUGUCUGAAGCACAAGCUCGAGACGUCAUGCUGCAGGUGAUUCGGGCGGCUUGUCACUGCUGUGACCGUGGAGUGUUACACCGUGACAUCACUGACAAGAAUCUCCUCAUCAACACCGAUACGUUGGAAGUCAAACUGAUCGAUUUUGGCUGUGGGGAACUGCUGAAGGACACCCUCUACAAAGAAUAUUCCGGCACUAAUUUCCUUGUACCUCCUGAGUGGGUGAGGAAUGAAGAGUACAUGGGCAUUCCUGCCACUAUCUGGGGUCUGGGCAUACUCCUGUUCUACUUGAUCUGUGGAGACUACCCCUUUGACUUAGAGGAGGAGGUUCAUGAUGGACAGCUGGAAUUAUGUCCUGACAUGUCUCCAGAGUGCUUUGAUCUGGUAAUGUGGUGCCUGGAUUUCAACCCUGAAAUGCGGCCGUCUUUCGACGAUUUGGUCAGGCACGAGUGGUUUACAGAGGCAGUUCAGGACAAAGUCCAGAUUCCUCUUGAAACCAAAGAUCGUGUACAGUAACCAUUGCCUGACACCCCCCCCCACACACACACACACACACACUUACACACUUAUAUAUGUUAAAAAUUGUUAUUCAGUAUUUAAACAUUAACAAAUGUUUAUAAUUGACAGUUCAUAUUAACUACAACGUCUGCUGCAAAUCUCAACAGCAUAUACAAAGCUUUUCCAUGUACAAAUAUACAAAACAAAUAUUUAACAAAUAUACAGCAUUACUCAGUAAAGUGCCACCUUGUUUUGUUCGGGUUGAUGUUGCACACUGCAUCAAGAUGAUCUGCCAGUGGGACUGCUUGAAGAAAAAAACACAUCGCAUUAAAGAUUUCUUUGUGAGGUCAAUGGCACAGCUUCUCAAGUCACAAUCCAUGGACAAUGCAAAAGAGCUGCUAUGCAGUAUUACUGUUGUGGCUCUCGGCGAAGCAGAGGGCAAUGACAGCUCUGGAGCCCCACUUAUAUCAGAAAGGUGCAAGAAAUACCUGAAAGCCCGAAUUGCAGAAUAGUGUGUAAUCAUUCCAGAUGUAGAGGGUGAGGACCUGGAAAAAGUGGAUCCAUGUGACCAAACACAGACAGACCUACGGCAGUGGGUGACAGACAUAUGUGAGGAGAGCAGGUCACUUACCAUGGCUAACGGUGAUCAUGAUAAUAUGCACUUCCUCCCUGAGAUUAUUCCCAGUAUAAUCUGUCUUGCAAACUGCUUACCACUCUGGACAGGAGUAAUGAUCCCUCACUUCCGAAGCACCGCCAUCACCACAAGUUCAGCCAAUGUUGAAGCAGAGUACAAAAGCAUCAAACACAGGCUUUUCAAGCAUGAAAACUUGCCUGUUCGUGUGGAUCGAUUCAUUGCUUGACAUUUGUCCUUCAUUGAGGGCAAUAUGCAAUUUUUUUCUGCAAAACAAAAAGGUGAAGAAGAUGCAGCUAUUGCAAUAGUGAUCAUCACAGGAGCCAAUCCACUACGCACCACAACUUGCAGUGUAGACGGCAAACCAGAAAUGGAUGCUUCCUGUUCUGGGAAGUCUACCACUGUCACAAACAUCCAUCCAACAGAUGAAGACGCUAUUGAAAACUGAAGAGGCCUAGCAGUUCCACCCAAAAUGAGGAAAAGGAAGUCAUGCCUCUCUCCUUGUCCUGAAUGGCUCCAUGGAGAUCCAUCCGUGAGGGGGAAAAGACUGAAAGUGGAACUAUUGAAAAAUUGAAAUAAUAAGCAGCCUGUAAAACUCAGGAAAACAAGAAUCUCUGUGCUGAACACAUGUGCAUUUGAUGCUUUUUGUCAAUGGUUAUGUUGUGCUUUCUGCGAUCGUGUCACUUUUGGAACUAUUGUUUGCGUCAAGGACUCCAACAACCUCCUCCAGCUAGUGAAAACAAUCACCACAAAGGGUCUGAAUGCACAGGUCUACAUACAGAGGGCAGAGCUGCUGAGUGGAAUAUUCAAAGCUGUCCAAUUGAAGUCUGGUGCUCUCCAAAUCGAUGCACAGUGCCACAUCUCCACUAUCAUUGAAAAGUCAGUGACACAACGUGCAUGUGUUUCCUUCACACAACAGUGCUCCUCACAGUAACGCAGUCUCAGCACAGAAGUCACAAGGGAAAUUCCAUUUGUUUGUACUUGUGUUGCUGUACUGCAGGCUUCUGGCAUGGCUCAUCUACAGACCGCGGUGGAAAAGGCCUUAACCUUCCAGAGUCCCCCUGCUUCAGGCCAAUCCAAAGUCCGUCACAGUGUCCCUCUGCAUUCAAUACAGACUCUACCUAAGGAAAAGUGUUCUGUACAGGGGAGGUUUCUCACAGUACAGUCUGGGAGAACUUCUGUGGCUUGACAUUGACCUGGGAAGCACCUCCACAGAAUUUUCUUUGUGUGAAUCUCCCUCCAAUCUGAUGCUCCAAGGAGAGAGAUUUACUUUAAGGGCAGUAAUUGCUUUCAGAGGAGGCUUAACCCAGGAUGCUCUUGGACAUUAUGUGACCUACUGCAUGAGGUCUCCAUGUGUCUGGGAGAUGUAUGGUGACCUGAGAAGUGGAGUGACAGGAAUGUCAGAAAAAAACAAAAUAUGCCCGCAUUGUGUUAUACACAAUAGACUGAUUGCAUAGUUUAAAUUUACUUUCACAAAGUCAAGUAUUUUUGUUGUAGGCCACACACCCUCGUUUUCCUACUCCUGCUUGGAGAAAUCGUCUCUGCUUUUCUGGAAGUCGGGCUUGAUGGUGUUUGCACUCAAGUCUUGGUUUGAAGACAGAUAGUGGCUUGUCAGUAUUAAGUGUUUUUAAGUUUAAGUUUUUAAAGGUCCAUUAUUUGCAUCCAACGAUUUUUGAUAGUACACAGUAAUUCAAGUUCACAAGUAAAAUCAUUUUGACUUAA